AUGGUCAAGCUUGGUCCUGAUGUCGAAUCGGGUAGAGUAGACGCCUAUUCUGGAUACCUGCCGUCUGGAAACAUCUGGGGGUUUAGCAUCAUGCACGAAUCUGGGACAGGUGGAGCGCCCAAAUACGGCGUGGUAAAUCAAAUGCCAGUACCAGGGAACGUUUCGAACCCAAUUGCAAACUUUUCGCAACCACGAUCAUCACCAGAUCAGGGUAGCGUGGGUUAUUACAAGUCGUCUCUCUCUAACGGCAUUACUGUGGAGCUUGCUGCAACCGAACACGCAGGAUUGUACUCAUACUCUUUCCCAAACAGCAGCACCUCAUCUGUGGUUGUAGAUGUAUCACAUGUUCUACCUAGCUUCAGAGGUCUAGGAUGGGAGCAACACUACUCUGGUGGCAGCUUCAACAUAUCCCAGGGUGGUCAUUACACAGGGUCCGGAAUUUAUAAUAACGGCUGGAACUUGUCGCCGGACUGGACGAUAUACUUCUGUGGAAGAUUCAACAAAGCGCCAGCCCAAUCCUACACUUUCAUCACGACCGGUAACACGACCAUCAAAAAUUACAAUGGGUCUGCUGUAUCUGGCAGUCAACGCCUUGGAGGCGUGUUCACUUUCGUUGGUAGCAGCCUCAAGUCUCGGGUGGGCAUAUCUUUCAUCUCGACUACAAAGGCAUGCGCGAACUUGGACAGUGAAAUCACUGCGAACACCGAGAUGCAGAUUCUGGUGGACACUGCAGUAGCUAGGUGGAACGACGAAAUUCUCAACAAGAUCCAAAUCUCGUCAACCAACAAGACCGAUCUGCAGUUUCUGUACAGCUCUUUGUACGGCAUGUUGCUUAUUCCAUCGAACAGGACCGGAGAAAAUCCGAAAUGGAGUGCGGCAGAGCCUUACUACGAUGAUGUUUUCACACUGUGGGACACACAUCGUUGUCAGACUCCACUCUUUCAAAUCAUUCAGCCCACGGCAUACGAAGAAUUCAUUCGCUCACUGAUCGACAUUUGGAGACAUGACGGCUUCCUGCCCGACGGGCGGUCAUCAAACUUCAAUGGCCGCGUCCAGGGCGGCUCAAACGCAGACAAUGUUCUAGCAGAUGCUUUUGUGAAGGGCUUGCGAGGGAAAGUGAAUUGGACAGAUGGCUUCAAUGCCAUGCAAACGGACGCUGAGUUCGUUCCGGAUAACAAUUUCGACGCCAAAGCCCCCGAAGCUUCAACAAAGGAGGGUCGCGGCGCACUACCAGAUUGGCUGAAAUAUGGGUACAUCACGCCUCGCUUCACUCGCGCGGUAUCUCGAGCAGUCGAGUACUCCACAAACGACUUUGGGCUGUAUCAAGUUGCCGCAGGGUUGAACAAGAGCAUAGAAGCAGCUACCUACCUCAAUCGUUCCCGGAACUGGCGUAAUCACUGGAACGCCAACGCUACGUCACAUGGCCAUACAGGCUUCAUGGUCCCCCGAAACGCUAAUGGCUCUUUCGUGCCCCAAGAUCCUGAGGAUUGCGGUGAUUGCUACUGGGGCGAUGCGUACUAUGAAGACAACUCCUGGAUCUACAGCCUGAACGCCAUUCAUGAUGUGGCCGAAUUAAAGAGACGCUGCGGCGGCGACGAUCGAUUCGUGGACCGCAUCGACAAGCUGUUUGAUCUCAAUAUUUAUGACGCUGGUAACGAGCCUGGCUUUGUGAGUCCGUUCCUAUACAAUUUCGUCAAGGGCAAGCAGUGGAAGAGUGUACAAAGAAGCCGAUACAUUGGAGGCUUGUACAAUGGCGGGGAGAGCGGCUUGCCUGGUAAUUCGGAUGCUGGAGCUAUGGAGAGCAACUUGCUGGUAAGUCGGGCCGUUCUCAUUCUUGCGACAUCCCUCAAGACAGUUAUGGCGGUGCCAGCGCAUGCUCAAGUCUUGAGGCUGCUGCGAAGACUGUCAGGCUGCAGCCUGUGGAGAAUGAUAUGGCUGUACUGA